AUGGCGUCCAAACUCAAGAACAAGCGCGACACUACCAAAGCUCCAAAGGUUGAUCCACAUCCUCACCCUCGGCAGCAUCGGCAUAUCAGCAGCUCGGUGCGGUUCAACGCCACGUCGUCGACUCUGCAGCUGCACGCUCAGCCCGCCGCCGUGGACAACAUCUACCAGAUGGAUGGUGUCUGUGAAUGUGACGGCGUGGAGGUCAAAGGUCACACAGGUCAGGACGUCACUCUGCCCUGUAAAUAUGACAGGAAAUAUCACGGCGCCGUGGAAGUGUGCUGGCAGCGAGGAGAAAUACCGCCCAACAAGUGCUCCAAUCAGCUGAUCUCCACAGAUGGAGUCAGAGUGGAAACCAGAGCUCCCAGCAGGUAUGAGCUGCUGGGCCGACUGGAGGACGGAGACGUCUCUCUGACCAUAAAGAACCUCACAGAGGGAGACGCUGGACGAUACGGCUGCAGGGUGGAGAUACCCGGGCCGUUCAACGAUGAGAAGCAUCACAUCGACCUGACUGUUGUCCCAG